AAGUGGUUCGAAGGGCUGGAGUCUCGGUUCAAGAACAAAUCCAGCUACAUGAGGCACAGCUGUGAGAGCAGAAUGCGGGGCUACAUGAGAGAGGUUAGUGGUUUUAUUUCAAACGUUCAUCCUGCAGCAAGAGAUGCCUACAGAGGGGUAAUCGACCUGAUGGCAGAGAAACUGAAAUCUGUGAAGUAUAACGGGUGCUACUUUGACAGAAGGGAGGAGGAGGAGGCAGCACGUCUGUGCACUGCGGAGGGGUGGUUCUCCUGUCAGGGACCUUUUGACAGAGACGACUGCCCGUGCAAGCAUUCCAUCAACCCCUACAGCAACAGGGAGAGCAGGAUCCUCUUCAGCACCUGGAAUCUCGAUCACGUAAUUGAGAAGAAGCGUGCUGUUGUCCCAGAACUGGCAGAAGCUGUCAAAACACGCGACGGAAGAGAAGUGAACUGGGAAUAUUUCUAUCAGCUGCUGUUUACCCUGGAUAAUUUAAAACUCGUACAUAUUGCUUGCCAUAAGAAAACCACUCAUAACCUCAGCUGUGACAAAACCAAAAUUUACAGAAAGAGGAAGCAAAACCACGAGAUUUCCUAGUGCUGUCUCUGGAAGGGACCUGCUACUUUUUGCAAUCAUGUCAGUGCUGUUGUUUUUAAAUAGCUCCAGUUUCUUAAACAAGAACUAUUAAGAGUGCCUGGCACGGGACUGGCUGAGUAACACAACCACAGCUCACAAAGCACACGCUGAUGCUCCCUCGCCUUCCCACUCCCUGUGAGCCUCCCUCAGCUCACACUGUGCCAAGGGUGUUAAAAUCCAGCUGUGAGGGUACAAAAUGAGCCAGAGGCUGACACUGUUUCCACCCUACCAUCUCUUUCUUGCCAUGACCAGUGUCGGCACAAAACUUGCAGUACACAGAAAGGAAACCUGGACAAAACAUUUCUCACAAACUAAUCUGGGGGGGCUCGUACAUUCCUGUUCUCUGUAAGCCAGACAAGGAAUGAUUUAGGACCAUCGUUUUGCUCUGUGCCUUUUGCAGGUAGGAGGGAGUGUAUUCCAGGAAUGGCAAAGGUGAUUCAGCAGCAGAGCUGCCACCUCACCUGUGCCAACCUCCUGCCUUCAUCCCUGACCACUCCUUUGCUGUUCCUUCAGAUGUGCAUCUCCCAGAAGGAAGAGCAAGGCCAUGGCAUAGCUUUGCUUUGUUUGCCACCUCCCCAUUGAUUCCCUCUUCUUUUGAACGUUUUCUGCCUUUUCAGCUUAAGUUUGCUUGAAGCACCACCAGCAGUGACAUCUAUAACAAUCAAGUUUACAAUAAUCAUGUUUACCUGGUGCUGUAGAGAAUAUUGAUGGGGUAAAAUACUUCCUACCUCAGGCAAUAAAACACAAAUAGAUGGAUUUUUACUUGAUUUUUUUUUUUUAAAUACCAGCUGAUAGCAAGUGAACUUUUAGGGACUGUUGCUGUAAACAGUGUGAAUUUUUUCAAAUAAAAAAAAUGACCCCUUAUCUGUGUUUGUGAAUAUGUG